GCGGCGCCAAAAGAGGGAUUGCUCAAGAAAAGAUGCCGCAGGCUAUGAACGAAGAGUGAAAGCUCACCGUUAUUAGAGAGAGAGUGUUCGCAGUAGAGAGAGAAAGGAACACCUUUUAGACUCAGAGAGCGAAUAGAGUGGGACUGAGUAGAGAGAGAGUCUUCGUUUCUUCCUCUCUCCUUCUUCUCGCUCCUGGGAAUGAGAGGAAGGUUCUUUUUCAGCAAAAUUUGAAAAGGCUCGCCAUGUUUUCAAUAUAGGCGCCACAGCUUUCUGGGUUUUCCUUCUCCCGGCUUUCGAAUUUUGGGGUAUUUUGAAGAAGAGGGGUAUGGGGACCUGCGUCACUUGGAUUCCGGAGGACGAUCUUCUCUUAAAGAAUGCCGUUGAGGCUGGCGCGUCCUUGGAGUCCCUUGCAAAAGGUGCAGUUCACUUCUCUCGUCGUUUUACUAUUGGAGAGCUGCGGGAUCGGUGGUAUGCACUUCUCUAUGAUCCAAAUAUCGCAGUAGAAGCUGCUGCACGUAUGGUUGAACUUGAACUCUCUCUUCCAACCCUUCCAAAAUCCAACCGAUUUUGCAAUUCGAAAGGAAAAGAAUGGGCUCUAGGGAAAAGGAAAAUAGACAAUGCUCGUAGCCAUUAUUAUGCUCAGAGAAAGAGAAUUCGCAAUGAGAAUGCUGAUUCAUUUGCUCAAGAUGUCCCUCUUGCACCCUUUCCUAACAUUGGAUGCACAGAAAAUGAAGUGGCUUAUUGUCCAGGUCUUGUAAAAGAUCCUGAAGGUUUCCCAGUAGAUGGCUGCAUGAGUUCUCCUAUUGCAAAUCAUUUUCAGCUUCCUGAUGCUGGACUUGAUUUCGUGAAUCGAGAUUUUCCCCAAUAUGAGAGGGUGCUCACUGCUGAUAUUGUCGAUGGCAUGGUGCAUGGUUUUGAUCCAGUGGUUAUUGGUUCACUUGGAGGUGACCUGCCUCAUGGUAUAAUGUCUAGAGAUUGCUUGUAUGCGUUUGAGGGAGAUACCAUGUCUACUGCAAUUGUAGGAAAUGAUAACGGACCUUCUUUUGGGCAUGACAACUUUGGCAAAGAUAAUCAUCAUAUUCUUGGGGACAAAUCUGGUUCCCUUGUGAAUAGCUCGCAGGUUCCAGUCAUGGGUCAUUCACAAACGAUGCCAAUGAGUGGUAUAAUUGGUAACCACUCCACUGGUCCAAGUCCAUUUUCGACUUUUAAUUCUAUGGAAGGGAUGUCAGAGGGAGUUGGCUCUGGAAUUGGUGAAAGCCCUAGCUUCAAAUUGCAAGUUUUAGACCGUUUCUUUCACUCCUCUCCAGAGCCCAGCAUGCCUGCUUGGAAACCAGUUGGGGUACUCUCCAAACCAGAUAUGCCUGAUAGGAUGAACCAGGAGAGCCAUGAGGAGACUGAAAGCUCCUUACCCAGGCUCGCCAACAAUUGUGGUAAGAUAGAUUCACUCAAUUGCAUUAAGAUAGGGUCUCCAAAACAUGUUGCUCUUGUCACGGUCCCAAAACUCGAAGAGAAAUCUUCUGAUGAAGGGACCAAUAGUUUGGUUUCUUUGUCAGAGGGUGAGUUUGGGGAAUUGUCUAAUUCUCUCUUGGACUUUGUGGAUGAAGGGGAUAAUCUCCAAAUGGGUAUUGGCAAAAAAGAUUCUACAAACAUGGCUGGCACUGAUAAUUUGUGCUCCAUUUUGUUGGGUUCUACCAAUGAUCUCCAUCAAGGGGAUGUGUCAAAAUCAGGAGAUCCUAGACCGUCGGCCCUCCAAACUUGUGAUGCUACUGCUUCACCAUCCUCCCAAAUGGCCCAUAAGUCUGGGUUUUUGCAAGAUGAUAUGAUCUGCUCUUUGAAUAGACAAGAUCCUGAUGUCCCUGACAAUGAUGAUAUUUUCCCAUCUUGCCAAAUGGAAUCUACACCUUCGUCAUCUCUAAAGGACAUCUACUCUGAACGUAUGGGAAACUUAGUCCCGUUUCAAGCUCAGGGUAGCUACACCGUUCCAAAAACUAGUGAACCUAAACAAGUCAAAGUCAAGGAAGAGCCUGAAACUUCGAUGCAGCCCAUUGAUGCUGCCCAAAAUAGGGUUUCGUCUGGUUUGCUAGGUGCUUAUCCGGAGGGCCAUGUUCAUGAUCAGGGUAUUAAGAAAGAGAUGCCCGAGCAUGAUGAAUUUCGAAUUUCAUCAUCCAAGCGUGCAUGCAUCAGAGCGGCAGAUCCAGAUCCAUGUAUACCUGGCUCUAUAGAUCCCAUGAGUAUCCCCAAUUUUAAUCCACAAGAAGGGCCGUCUUGUAUGGAUAUGCCAUCUCAACGACUUGCUUCUUCUAAAAGCUGUUCCUCAAAGAUUCUUACUAAUGUCAAAUUAGAAACAGAUUUGCCCCCAAAUAUACUGCACAACCAUACAAUGCAAUCACCACAUGCAGACCAUGGUUGUGAUGAACAUGCUGUGAGAGACUUUCAAGCUGUAGGCUUUGCAGAACCAGUUGCAAACAUUUCAAUUUCUGAUGAAGAGGACAAACUGUCUGACAGUGAGAAUGACGUGCCUUCCUUUUCUGAUGUUGAGGCCAUGAUAAUGGACAUGGAUCUGGUUUCAGAAGAUCAUGAAACAUUUUUUGCAAGCAAUGGUUUGAGAUACCAUCUGGAAAUUUGCAAGAGGACAAUAAUACGGCAUGAACAAGCUGCAAGUUCUUACAUGCAAAGAGCAGCUGCUGCUAGAGGAGCAUUUGCAAUAUUUUAUGGCCGGCAUUUGAAGCAGUAUAUUAAGAAGCCUGAGGUGUCCUUGGGAAGAUCUACUUCAGAUGUUUCUGUUGAUAUUGAUUUAGGAAGAGAAGGUCCUGCUAAUAAGAUAUCCCGACGACAGGCUGUUAUAAAGAUGGAAGAAGAUGGAAACUUUUACCUGAAGAACACUGGGAAGUAUUCUAUUGUUGUUAACAGUAAGGAGGUAGCUAGUGGCCAGCGCUUUAAUCUCAGUCCGAGUUGUUUGAUAGAGAUAAGGGGCAUGAGGUUCAUUUUUGAGGUGAAUCAGAGUCUGGUGAAACAGUAUGUUGCAGACAUGGUUAAGAAGAGUCAAGAAAAUUGUGUUGAUGAGGGUGAGAGAAGACCUUCAUGACACAACUUUAAUUGAUGAAUUUAUGGGAAACGAAGAACCCAUGCUCACAAUCCACAUAGAAACUCCACUGUACAUGUGCUUCUUUUGUUCCUGACUGUAUGUUACAAACCCUGAAUUUGUAAUACAGACAACCUUGGUCAAAUAAUACUGUAUAACAGCGGAUUGAUGUGCACUCACUUUAAAUGCAUGUAUUGGUUUGAUGUCGAAUAUCAAAUCCUGUUUAUGUGUC